AUGGAGUACACCCCCAUGGAUAUUGAUUUGCCUGAAGAGGAAUACGACUUCAAAUACGGUCCCAUGGAGGAUCACAAGCCUGUGCACUUCCCGUACAAUCCCUCCGCCUGGAUCACGGAGAAAGGUCAAUCUCCAAACCAAACAAAUCUUGCAGGUAGGUUGAGCGUUUUACCCCUUGAUGUUUUCUGGACUAUUCUCGAUGAAUGCCUUUUCCGAAAUGGAGAUCUUACUCUGCAGCACGAGGAGUUCCACACGAUUCUUAGUCUUUCACAGGUUGACCCACGUUCAAACAAGUACGUCGAGGAGUAUAUUGCGCGCCGCAAGCCGCAGCACUUUCUUCGUCGCGAAGUGGGAGAGAUUGAGACUUUGCCUUACAAUGAAGGUGACAACGGCGAGAGCUGGUAUCCAGGUGACGCGCUCGACUUCCACAUGAACGAUAUUGAUGAUUUCCUUGGACGUGUCUUCCAAGUAGACUGUCCUUCAUGCUUCGCCUACCUUCUGAAUCACUGCGAGGUGGAUAUUGGCAAUUGCAUCAAAUCGGGUUGGAGUUUUGCCGCUCUGGCUAUAAUUAACAAAUCUGUCAAGAUUUUGGAGUACAUGCUCAAUAAUCCCGGUUCAUUCCACUCUUUGUCAAUCCUCCUUCUCGGCCCCGCAAAUAUCAACUUCCCACGGCCCACUUCCCUCGGUCUUCUGGGCAAAUUCGGUAACAAAGAGUAUCUGGAACAAAUCCUGAAUCUGGUGGGAGACCCUCUUGCUAACCUAAGACUUCCUAGUGUUAUCGCCGGUGCUUUCACUGCAGAUAGCCUUCUUUGGCUGUGCUCGUACAUAACCCCGACUCAGGCUCAGCGCCUACAGGCGCUAGGUGUCUCCGUUACCGACGCCCACGAGUCAGAAACUAAAUCUAAUUCUUGGCACGGUGCCGCGUUGAACGGUGAGGAAUUCCUGGAUUACAUGAAGUUGACUUCGCGCAUGAGCCACCUUGAGAUCAACAAGAAUGGAGAUACUCCUCUGGGCCUGGCAGUAUCCGAAGGCCGACUCGAUGUGGUGAAAUGGUUCAAGAGAAAUGGCCUAGCUGAAGUAUCACAGGUAUACGGGAUAGUAAACGAAAUAACGUUGGCAAUGCAGCAAAACUCGGGCGAGAGCACUUGUAUGGUUGAGGAGCUUCUCCCCAGCGAACCCGGUACGUAUAUCAGCUCGAUCCGCGCCGCUGAAUUGUUGCAUCGCAUGGCUCUUUCCUUGCAAAUGGAGGAACAGGAAGUGCAACAAGCCGCGGAAGAUAGGGACUACGAAUUUUGGCGACUGAUGAGUGAAUCUAUCGCAAUUGAGAAGUGUAAGUCUGUUUUGGCCAUGUCCGCAGCGAACGACCCCUCUUUGGCUGGAUGCUAUCAACAAUCGGCUGUCGAUUCGGAAAUCACUAUCAAGCAUCAUAAAGAGGCACGGCUUGUUGCUGGCUUGCUCCAGUUUGAAGACCUGGCACGAUGGAUCUACCCUUGGUCAGAGGAACUUUGA